AGCAAUUCUUAGUUCAUACCUAAACAAUCACGGGUUUCUACUUUCUACCACCUCACAGCUUAAAUGGAGUUUACGCAUCUAUCUCUUUUAGCUCUAUUUUGUUUAAUUUUUGUAGGAACCAAUGGAUCUAAAUCAGGAGAAGAAUAUUGGAAAUCUAUUUGGCCGAACACUCCUAUACCCAAACCUCUUUUGGAUCUACUGCUGCCUGAUAGCAAAACCAGUUUGCCUAUUAGAGAUCAUGAAGAGAAUCAAUAUUGGACUGUCUUUUUUGAACAUGAUUUAUAUCCCGGAAAAAAGAUGAGUUUAGGCAUCCAUAAACAUUCAAAGACACAGAUGUCUGUCGAAAAUACAAAUCAACCUUUUGGAAUCAACACAUGGUGGGAUAAAAAAUCAAUUGAAAAAGCCAAUCAAGCUUUUGAAACUCACAUGGCAACUAAUAAAGCAAUUGAUGAUGAAAUUAGGAAACCGAUUGAAACUUUUGGAAUUCUUAUAUGGACUGGUAAACCAAAUCAAGAUAUUGGGAGUCGUACAAAAAUUGAUAAAGCAACAAGAGAAAAUAUUGAAAAAACAGACCAACCUUUCGCUACUCGCAAAUGGAUUGAUAAAAAAACUAAAAGAUUAAGUCAAACUUCUACGAUACCCCUAUGGACUAAAGAAGAGAUGCGCAUUUUUCAUGAUUAUUGUGGAAAGCCUUCCCCAAUCGGAGAAGAUAAAUAUUGUGCACCAUCCUUAGAAUUGAUGAUGAAUUAUGUCAUUUCUAAACUUGGAAAAAAUAUUAAAGCAAUGUCAAGUUCCUUCGCUCAAAGUCAAGACAAAUAUGUGGUGGAGGAAGUGAAGAAAAUAGGCGAUAGAGCAGUGAUGUGUCACAGAUUAAAUUUAAAAAAAGUAGCAUUCUAUUGCCACCAAGUCAAUGCGACAACGACUUACAUGGUCCCGUUGGUGGCUUCUGAUGGAACUAAAUCUAAUGCAUUAACUAUUUGCCACCAUGAUACAAGAGGUAUGGAUCCUAGUAUCAUUUAUGAAGUUCUUAAGGUCAAACCAGGAACUAUUCCAGUUUGUCAUUUUAUUGGCAAUAAAGCUAUUGCUUGGGUACCCAACAAAGAUGUAACUGAAGCCAAUGGCCAUCCUUGUGUCAUAUAGUGGAUAUUUUCUAAUUUAUAAGCCUCUUAUGUUGUGACUUAAGUGUGAUAUACUAAGACAAAUAUGAACCAAAAAUAUCAUACACUAUGUAUUGAGUUUUAUCCAUGUAUUUCAUAUAAAACUAGUUGGAACUAUUUGUUUGUUAUUAACUGUGAUAAUAUGAAUGGCCAGUAUGUUGUACUUUUUAUUGAA